AUUCAGGAAUGGACGGAGCGAUCGCCGGAGCAUACGAUCUAGAUAAAGAACUUGGCAAGGGCCGCUUUGCUGUCGUGCGUCUGGCGCGUCACGUGUUUACGGGAGAGCGCGUUGCAGUGAAAGUGAUCGACAAAACAAAACUUGACGACGUAUCUCGCGAUCAUCUUUACAAAGAGGUCAACUGUCUCAAGCUUGUGCAGCACCCUCACAUCGUACGCCUCUACGAAGUCAUAGACACGGUUACUAAGCUUUACUUAAUUUUGGAGUUGGGUGACGGAGGUGACUUGUACGACGUCAUUCUGAAGAAAGGACCGCUGAGGGAAGACGAUGCGAAAGCUUGUUUCAGACAGAUACUCAAAGCCGUUGAGUACUGUCACAAGCUGCGAGUUGUCCACCGCGAUUUGAAACCGGAUAACAUAAUAUUCUUUUCUGAAGGACCGCAGGUGCGUCUGACUGACUUUGGUUUAUCGAAUAUAUUCAGACCUGGUGAGAAGUUGAGCACGUCAUGCGGUAGUAUGAAUUACACUGCGCCAGAGAUACUUCGAGGCGACAGCUAUGAUGGGCCUGCCGGAGGGGCUGUCAAAGGUGUGUGUCGUAAUCCUACAGUAUGGACAACGAUAAUGUACUCCUUAUUGUUAGCUGUAUUGGGCUAUGGAUGUGAACUGUGGGAUCUGGGAAUGGGAAGUACCAAAUGUUUACUACAUCAAGCGUGGAGAAGUGGGUAUCGGAGAGGGCUAUGGAUCUCAAACAGAACAUCCUUGCGGGGAAACUCUUGGAGAACCUAUCAGGGAAGCUCCAGGUCUAUUGCGUGUUAACCAACUCUCUUUCUUAUGGAGAGCAGUUCAUUCUAAUAAUGAAUUAGUGAGCGGGUUCAUUCUGAAUACUCAAGGUAAUCUGUGGCGAUCAGUGGACAAUGAGACAAGGACAAGAAUCAUGGUGUUGUCGUACAUGGACUUCAA